AUGUUUAUCAUAGCGCCGGAGCACAUGGAAACGGCAGUGCAGAGCACCAGCAGCGAUGCGGAAGUCGACGGAAAAGAGACGGACAAACCCGCCGAGAAUGACGAAUCCGCUCAGAAUGCACUGAUAUCACGAUACAUCAAAUGCUAUGAUGAGCGCCGACCUUUACAGCUUCAUUCCGUCGUGAUCCAAAGUGAACCUCUGGAAAAGUUCUUAGGCACCGCGCUUGACAAAUAUCCCGGCGUCACGACAACUCUCGGGCGUCUUGAGUUCUCCAAGCCCUUCAAGCCUCCGGUUCAUAGAUGGGAAGCCUUCACCAAGGCCCGUGAUGAAGAAGAGGAUCCGACUAGCAAGGAGCAUGUCGAUUUGUUCCGCAAGGUUCUUGAAGAAGAGUUGCGGGACACCAUUGAUCGGAAGCAAGACCUAGUUCGCAACGGAGUCAUCUCCCAUGACCUCAUAUGGUGCAUCUUCGAACCUGGUGACAUGGUGAUCAACUCGAUAGCUGGUCGCGAUUACUCGACUAUUCUGGUUGCACAGGGCCAAAACUGGGAGGAGCAUAAGGGGUAUCACUACAAGCAUUACGAGGGUGCUUCAGUCGGAUACAUUGAUGAGGAAGAGCCACGCAUCUGUAUCUCUGGAAAGAUACCGGUUGAGCUGGACGAUAACCUGAGAAUGGUUAAAUCUAAAAUGGUCUACGGGUAUUCCUUGAAAAAUAAGGAAUGGCUCGAGUUCUUCUUUGAUUUGCACAUCCGAGAUCGUAAACAAGAGAAUCUGAAAGACCUCUUUCUGGCUUUCGCAAAGGCACAGUCAAAGAAGCUCGAUGACUUUGACGUUGUCGUGCAAGGCAAGGGCCGCGGAAUCAUCAUGCAGCUUAGUGGUCCUCCCGGAGUAGGUAAGACCCUAACAGCUGAGAGUGUCGCCGAGGUCAUGAAAGUCCCUUUGUAUGUGAUGAGUUCUGGUGAUCUUGGUAGUACUGCCAGUUCGGUGGAGGCAAGCCUCAAGGAUAUUCCGCGAAUGAUUCCAAAAUGGGGUGCUGUCCAUCUACUUGACGAAGCGGACGUCUUCAUGGAAGCCCGCAGUGCUACUGACUUGGCAAGGAAUGAGCUGGUAUCAAUUUUCCUCCGAAUGCUCGAAUACUACGAGGGCAUGCUCUUCCACACUACAAACCGAGCCGAAAAUAUCGACCCAGCCUUCGACUCUCGAAUUCAUGUGUCGCUAGCCUCCCAGAACCUCGACGAAGCUUCCCGGCGCCACGUCUGGACUCAGUUCUUGGCGCCGCACUGCGCACACCGAGAAGUUUUCUGA